UUAAUUGAUAUAUAAGUAACACUUUUCACACUUAAAUUCACAAGUUUUUGUGGAAAAGAGAGAAGAUGGCAGCUGGUCAACUUGAGCAUGAGUUAGAGCUGCAUGUACCAGCUAGUGAGGCAUGGGAACUCUUUGGCACCCUUGGUAUUGGAAAAUUGGUUGUGGAAGAGAUGCCUCAAUCGUUUCAGAAGGUGGAGCUAAUUGAAGGAGAUGGAGGACUUGGAACUAUUCUCAAACUCACAUUCACUCCAGGUGUACCUGGGCCAGCUGGUUACAGUGAGAAGUUCACCAAGAUUGAUCAUAAAAACCGCAUAAAAGAAACAGAGGUAGUUGAAGGUGGAUAUUUGGUGUUUGGCUUCACACUAUUUAGAGUUCGCUUUGAAGUGAUAGAGAAAGGUGAAGAUUCAAGCAUAAUCAAAUCUACAAUAGAGUAUGAAGUCAAAGAAGAGUAUGCAGCCAAUGCCUCACUUGUUUCAAUCCAAACAUUGGUAAACAUUGUAGAAGUUGCAAAGAAUUACCUCAACAGAAACAAGACUGCAAAAGAAGUGAAGUAGUCAUCUCCAUCUUUUACUUCAAAAUAAAAAUUGUUGAAGGGAAAACUAAGUGUCUUGUGACAUUUCCUAGUUCAUGAAUAAAAUGAUGAAAUUGUUUCUUUGCUUCCAA